CCGCGAGCUUCGUCAUUCGCUCUAGCCUCUCACUACCUAAUCUCUCAGUUGCUUAGCCAUCAGAAGUCUGACGCAUCCCAUACCCAAGAUCUUGGCAUCUGUCCGCGCGCACCGUAGGGCGAAGACUACAUACAAGCUUACCGGUUGCUCCCGCCGCGCACUCGGUACUUUUUCGAUUGAGCUGCUGGCCCGAGAAGGACUUUAGAAUUCCUCCGUAGUCAUAAACGGGCCACAUCCCGCGCCGUCACCUUGCCUUUUUGAGAAGCAUCUCGCGCCGCGAACCCACAUCACCCUCCUCGACACCCUUGGUACUUUCCUAGACAUGGUCGGAGUUCCCGGACGCUCCAAAGGUUGCAACACGUGUAGGAAGCGUAAGAAAGGCUGCGACCUACAACGACCUUCAUGCGGGCAGUGCAUAAAGGCAGGCUUGGAAUGUGCAGGCUACGAAAGGAAUCGCAUCUUCGUCAAUGUGACCAAGCCGCCGACAGGCAAAGACUCCAGGGUGACGGCUUUGGUGCCAGUCACACCCGCACUUGUUCAGACGCGCUCGUUAUCCCAGUCCGCCUUUGAGGAGCGGAUCCUCGAGCUCUUCUGGGAUGGCUACAUGCCUGAUGCUCCGAUAUGUAGUCCCAGGAGUCCCAUCAUGAGGUAUUCCAACGCAGACUGGGCGACGACCGUGCGAGAUCUCUACCGCACCGACGCUGCCUUGCGUCUGAGCUUACUGGCACUCAGCUUAGGCACCAUAGGUCGUCGGGACAAGCAGCAGUGGAUGAUAGACGAUGGUCUCAAGUUCUAUUGCAAUGCCUUGACUGAGAUGAACGUUGCCCUACGGCAUCCCAAGAGAUGGAAGUCGGAUGCCUUGAUGGUGACUUCGAGAAUCCUGGGCUUCUAUGAGUUGCUCUAUGGGGCAGACGACCGAGAGCGACAUGGUAUCUCUCAAGCUGAAAGUUGGGAGGGUCACGCUUUAGGCGAACUAGCCCUCAUCAUGCAGCGGACCCCUGAGGCACAUAUCGACGGUCACGGCCACGACUUGUACGCAUCUGGUCGACUUCAUCUGGUUAUAUCUCACGUCAAGCGCAGACGGCGGUUUCCGUUAAGCCACCCGGCCUGGAAGAUCGUUCCAUGGCAGAACAUUCCAAAAACACCGAAGGACAUAUUGAUCGAUGUAUUCGUUGACGUCCCUGGACUUCUGGAAGACCUGGAUCAUAUGAACAGCUGCAAAGACCUAGAGGAAAAGGAAUCAAGGCGUCUGGCUCUCAUCAAGGAGUGUUGGCGAGUGGAUGAAGAGCUCAACUGGUGGCUCGAUAAUCUGAGCCCGAAGAAAGAACUUGAAGAACUCGCGGCUCGAGGCUCCAAUAGUCCGACAGCCUGCGAUGUCGCUGUUGCAUCGAUCAUUACGUUGUACUGGACUACCUGUAUCCUCACCUACAGCACUCUUCGCCUUGCAAUCGGCACAAAGUCAGCGGAGUUGCCCGAACGAACGGAUCCCCGCCUCUAUUGCACCAAGAUAGCCAACAUUGUCGACGUCUUCUUCCAUCCAUCUGCGGGGACCUUUGGAAUACAAUCAGCGCCCUUGCCAAUUGGCAUGGCUCUAGUAUACCUUAACUCGUACGAAGAAGGCUUCAACUCAGAGACCAAGUUCAAGCUUGUGAGCUUUUUCGGACGGACCGCAAACAACGGCAUCAGUGUUGGCAAGUUCUUGAUGAGCACCCAGAGAGAUGGGCUCAAGCCCAAGACCAGCGUCGAACUGUCACCCGAAGGUAUCAAGGCAAAAGCAAAAAGCUGGUUGGGGGUCAUACCCCGAGAGGGCCCAGUCUGCCAGCCGUUGCGAUCUGCUUCAAGCCAGGCACUAGCUUGUCAGUGAAUCUCCCUGUGGUUUCAAGGCCGACCUAGCGAUGGGGAAGAGACACAGUUUCUACUCUGCGGGGACAGCUAUCACAGGGACGAACACUUUUACGCAAUUCUUGACUAGCUCAGCGAAACGAGGGCUUCGUGACUCCACCUAUCAACCAACCGGCUCCAUAAUGCGCAAAAUUCUCCACGACACCCAUCGAAUUGGCACAACAUCGCCAACAACCUCAACAGCCCUGGUGGUCUAGCGGUAUGAUUCUUCCUUAGGGUUAUUGAGCAAUCAAACACCAUCUUGGAAGAGGCCCCAGGUUCGAAUCCUGGCCAGGGCCGCGAUACCUUUUGCCUUGUCGAGGAAAACGUUCUUGUUUGUUUACACAUUGAAUGUCCCGACUUUUUCGAUUUUUUGCUUUGUUUCUAGCCACUUCGUUCUUCCACUGUUGUCUGUAUAUAUGUACCCUGACUUUCAUUUCUGAGGCGUAGCCGAGGGGCCUCGGACAGCUACAUGUAGUUGCUCAAAGUUAGAAUGCUGGAUACUAUGGAUGGAAGGAAGAGUUUGGAAACACGCAACAAACAGCAUGAUAGGCUAUGUCCAUCUUAUCAGCGGUUAAAAAGGCUUGAUGGUUAUGUGUUAGUAGGCUAAGUGAGGGGAGAUCAUUUGAUGAUUCCCGAAUCAGAACUUUGGCAUUAGACCUGAUUAACCUGGAG